AUGCAUCAGAGAAAGGCAGAAAUUCAAGAUUGGCUCACUACCAAUGGAAUUGAUUAUGAAACUUACAUGUCGAAGGAAGAGCUGAUGUGUCUGGUGGACAAAUACAAGCCCGACCCAAAAUAUGAGGUCGACGAAAUUUUAAAAGAAAAUGGACAUGAAGUUCUACGGUUGCCCCCAUACCAUUGUGACCUUAACGCCAUUGAACAAAUAUGGAGUUUAGCUAAAAGGAAAGUUGGUAGCAAAAAUAUGGGUCUCAGUGUAAAAGAAGUGGAAAAAGCGAUUUCGACGGAAUUUGGGACGGUAACUCCAGAGGACUGGAAAAAAUGCACUGAUCAUGUACUGCACGUGGAACAAAAAUAUAUAGAACGAGAUGGAAUCGUCACAACAUUAGAACCAUUCAUUAUAAAUGUAACCAGUGACAGGGACUCAAGCAGUGAGUCUGAGGAGCCAGUUGAGUUUUUGGAAUCUGAUUUUGACUAUGAUAGUUAG